UACGGAAAAGUAGGCCUAAAAUGUUAUAGUGUCUAAAAACAAUAUUCAGUUAAUGGAAUUACACUUUUUUCCAUUACUGCUUGCUUGAUAUUGCCCUAACAACUUUUUCAUGAAUCAAUUUUGAGCAUUAUGUUUACAACGUAGUUAUUAUAGCACGAAAUAUGAGUCUAAAAUGCCAAAUACUUGCAACUAUUAUGUUAAUCACUGAAAUCUUAGUGUACUAAUUGCUCGCUAUAAGCUAGGUUAUUGCGCCCCUAAACCAACGUACUGACAACGCUACCUCCCCGGAACUCAAACUUUAACCGGGCAUGACUUGGGACAUCCAGUGACCCAGCAAAAAGAAGCAACGGUACAGCCAGAAGUAGCAACAACUUGCAAGAUAGGAUCGUUGUCUGACUCGUGACUGGACCACUCAGUUGGUCACCAUCAAAUUAGACCUAAAAAUAUCUUGUUUGGAAAUAGGUUGAGACCAGUUCUCUAAUCAUACCAAGGUCUCAUCGAAUGCGCAAACAACAAGACUGUAAUGAUUAAACCAUGUCAGAUAAACAUGUUCCUUUGCAUUGGUCGUACUCGGGGUAUCAAACUCGCCCUUGAACAGGUCACUUGCCAUGCGAAAUAUGUAAAACUCCACUGAGCUCUGUUCGAUCUUAUACAUCCAGAGUUUCUAUCUGAAGGUGCAAACUGUCCCCAACACUAUUCUCGUUCAGUGACAUUAGUAGUGUUAAUAUUACUAAUUGGCUGUGUAUGGAUUGAUAUCACUAUGUUUCGCUACAACACACACAACCUGAGGAAUCUAGCCAAACUUCUUCACAAAUCCACACUUACUGGACAGCGUAUUCAAGAAUUUGCUGUUGUUGCUGGUAUCCUUCCUUGUAAAGGAUGUCAUGUUAUCGAUUGGCAGCUGAAGCUUGGACAGCGGACAGUUCGUACGUACCGUCAAUAUGGCUGCCUCUUACCCAUAAUUGUGAGGGCAUCGUCCUCGAGCAAUGAUGGUAAGAACGAUGAGGCAGAUUCUACAAAAGACCCACCUCCUGCCAGAGAGAAUAGUCCAAAAUCAUCGCAGACUGGUGCCAUAAAGGGUAACACUCCCAAUCAAGCUGGUUCCAAAGUGACUGAUCCAGUGCUGCAAAGUACUGGGGUUGAAAAGCCAAAAGUUGUUGUUCAAGGAGAAGCUACACAAGAAGCACCAACAAAAAAGAAGAAGAAGCAGAGGUCAAAAAUUGAUUGGUCUGCAAGUUAUACAGACAACAGUUACACAACUCCAGUUCGUGCCAUCACAGAUUAUUACUUGACUUCUAGUGAAUUAGAAAAGCUGCCAAAAUAUUCUCGAAGAAGCCCGUUUCCAGAGUUAGGAAGAAUUACAGUAUACUUGAAGUCAGAUGUUGAAAAAAAAGCCUAUGAGGUAUUCAGUGGCAAAGAAAACUUUCUGAAACAUCGGGCAAAAAUGAGAGGGGAAAAGGAGACUCAUGAUAAAAUGACGACACUUUUCCGUAAGGCAAUGAAGCAGUACAAAACAGCUGUUAAGAAACAUGGACAGGCUAUCAUUGUUGAUCCGUAUGAAGAGAGUGUCAAGAGUGUGUUCAGAUCAGGCUCCGGGCGAGUUGUACUCUAUGCAGUAACUAUCAAUGCGGCCAACUUCUUCCUCAAGUUGGUGGCAUGGUUAUACACCGGAUCUCACAGCAUGUUCUCGGAGGCCAUCCAUUCAGCGGCGGACACAGUCAAUCAGAUGAUCCUUGCAUUUGGCAUCCAUCGGUCAAUCAAGAAGCCAGACUCGGAACAUCCCUACGGCUAUUCCAACAUGCGCUAUGUAUCCUCGUUGAUUAGUGGUGUGGGUAUCUUCUGCCUCGGAGCAGGUCUGUCCUGGUAUCAUGGCAUUCAUGGUCUUCUUAAUCCAGCACCUCUUGAGGCAACAGUGUGGGCUGUUGGUCUACUUGGUGGUUCCCUUUUCUCUGAAGGAGCCACCUUGUUCAUGGCGAUCAACCAAGCCAAGUUAAUGGCCAAGAGAGAUGGCUUAAGUGUCCUAGAGUAUGUCAGACGGGGCUACGAACCUAUGAACAAUGUAGUGUUACUUGAAGACUUUGCUGCCGUGCUGGGAGUUGGAGUAGCUGCUACCUGCCUCACCAUCACGAUGUACACGGGGAACCUCCUGGCUGACUGUGUGGGCUCCAUGGUCAUUGGGGGACUACUCGCUGGUGUUGCUUCAUUUAUCAUUUACACCAACACGACGGCUUUAGUUGGAAGAGCCAUUCCACCAGAGAAGACAGUACAGAUAUGUGCACUGUUGGAAAGUGAUCGAAUUGUUCGGGCUUUGCAUGACGUAAAGGCCACCGACAUGGGAGGGAAAUACAUCAGGUUCAAAGCAGAGGUCGACUUUGAUGGGAAAGAGUUAACAAGGUCAUACAUGGAUAAAUUAGAACUGGAGAACUUACUUGGGGAAAUGCAAAAGCUCAAAACAAUAGAAGAGGUAGAAGAUUCGAUGUUGAAGCAUGGUGAGAUGAUUAUUGAUAUCCUGGGCUCUGAGGUGGACCGCCUCGAACAAAAGAUAGUGAAAAAGUUUCCAGAAGUGCGGCACGUGGACCUGGAAGUUUUAUAGCGAGAAUGCAUUCGUAGGGACUACAUUUGUACAUACAUGUACUUGUAUCUAUACUGCCACUGAGCUCACUCUGUGAAAUCAGGAAGAGCUUGUGAACGAGGCCCUUGAUUGGUCUGCACAUGCAAGUGACAGCUUGGUCUCUGUGGUAAGGCCCAAGGAGCUAUGUUCAGGAUUGCCAACUGAUAUUGCACCUAGGUUUGUGUCCGUGGGAGAAAUCAAUGCAUGUAUGCCGACCUUACGGUAUUUGUCCAAACACUGAGGGCAGAGAUGCAGCAUCAGUUUGGUAUGAAAUGUGACAAAAUAUUCUGUUUUGAGGAAGUGUAAUAUUUUGUUUUGUUAUGUUGAUUGAAAGAAGUAAUUCAGUGAUUUUUGUUUUGUAUAAGGCUAGAAUAUACUGCCAAGUGUUAGUUCUAUUCAUUAAAUGCAAUAAACAAUUGAUUCAUUGAGGGUAAAUGCAGGAGCCUUCAAACUGUUGUUGAUUUGAUUAAAUGAAAAAUAAACAUCAUCCGAUUA